AAAUGAAAUAACACCAAAACAAGCUGAGGUGUAGUGUGUACAAAAGUAAUCAAACUUCAAUAUUUUUUUUCCUAGAAUAAACAGAUAUUAUGGCUGGAACUGGAUUUGAUCAAUCAGAAGUAUAUUUUACCGAUCCAUUCGGAUCAGAAGAUACAGGAGCUGACCCUAAUGCCAAUGUAGCUGAAGUUAAAAAACAAUUUAGAGAUUUUAUUAGGGAAUUUCAUGAAACUAAUUUUGUCUUUCCUUACAGAGAUCAGUUGAAGAGAAAUUAUAAUCUUGGACAGUAUUGUCUUGAUGUCAGCUUGGAUGAUUUAAGAAGUUAUGAUGAGCACCUUGCUGAAAAAAUUCUCAAAAGUCCAACAGAAUAUGUUCCUGUUUUUGAAGAAGCUGCACGUGAAAUGGCUGAUGAAGUAACAAAACCAAGACCAAUUGGUGAGGAGGAUGUGGAAGAUAUUCAAGUAACAUUUAGAUCAGAAGCAAAUUCUAUGGGAUUAAGAGAUCUAAAGUCUGAGCAUGUCUCGAAGCUGGUAAAGAUUCCUGGUAUUAUUGUUAGUGCGUCUGCAAUACGAGUGAAAGCAACUCGAAUAACAAUUCAGUGCAGAGGAUGCAAAAAUACAAUUCCAAAUAUUGGUUUAAAACCUGGCUUGGAAGGUUAUGCAAUGCCUCGUUCUUGCCCAUCUGAUCAGACAUCCAAACCAGCACCUUGUCCUCUAGAUCCAUUCUUCAUUUUGCCUGACAAAUGCCGAUGUGUAGAUUAUCAGGUUUUGAAACUUCAAGAAUCACCAGAUGCUGUACCCAAUGGAGAGAUGCCGCGUCAUUUGCAACUAUAUUGCGACAGAUAUUUGACAGAACAAGUUGUACCUGGGAAUAGAGUGACUAUAACUGGAAUAUUCUCCAUAAAGAAAACUGGACCAACAAAAAAAAGAGGAAAUGAUGAGGCUGGUGUUGGCAUUAGGAAACCAUAUAUCCGUGUUGUUGGAAUUCAUAUUGAAACAGCUGGGCCUGGUCGAAGUUCUGGAAGCAUUAACUUCACAGCUGAAGAUGAAGAAGACUUCAGAAAACUCGCUUCCCAAGCAGAUGUUUUUGAUGUUAUAUCCAGAAGUAUUGCUCCUUCCAUUUAUGGCAGUGAAGAUGUAAAGAAAGCUAUUGCUUGUUUGUUGUUUGGCGGCUCUAGAAAAAGAUUACCUGAUGGCCUCACUCGCCGUGGUGAUAUAAAUGUUCUUUUACUUGGUGAUCCUGGUACUGCGAAAAGUCAACUGUUAAAGUUUGUGGAGAAGGUUUCACCGAUUGGUGUGUAUACUUCUGGCAAAGGAAGUAGUGCUGCUGGUCUUACUGCAUCUGUAACACGAGAUCCUGUAUCUAGAAAUUUUAUUAUGGAGGGUGGGGCCAUGGUUCUUGCUGACGGUGGUGUUGUAUGUAUAGAUGAAUUUGACAAGAUGAGGCAAGACGAUCGAGUUGCUAUUCAUGAAGCCAUGGAACAACAGACUAUUUCAAUCGCAAAGGCUGGCAUUACAACAACUUUGAAUUCAAGAUGUUCAGUACUGGCAGCUGCAAAUUCUGUAUUUGGAAGAUGGGAUGAUACAAAGGGAGAAGAAAAUAUCGACUUCAUGCCAACAAUUUUAUCUCGUUUUGAUACGAUCUUCAUUAUUAAAGAUGAGCACGAUCAACAGAAAGAUAUGCGUCUUGCCAAGCAUGUUAUGCAAGUCCAUUUAAAUGCAGCACAAGCAAACGAAGGUGUUGAAGGAGAUUUGAGUCUGAUGUUUUUGAAGAAAUACAUCGACUAUUGCAGAAGGAAGUGUGGACCAAGAUUAUCUGAAGGAGCUGCUGAGAAACUAAAAAAUCAAUAUGUUUUGAUGCGAAGUGGUGCGCGACACCAGGAACAAGAAACAAGCAAAAGAAGUUCUAUACCUAUCACUGUCAGACAAUUGGAAGCUAUUGUUCGAAUAUCUGAAUCGCUUGCUAAGAUGAGAUUACAGCCUUUUGCCACGGAGACUGACGUUGACGAGGCAUUGCGUUUGUUUCAAGUAUCGACUCUUGAUGCUGCAAUGUCCGGUGGCUUGUCCGGUGCAGAAGGAUUUACACCGGAAGAAGAGCUUGCUGAAGUCAGGAGAGUGGAAGCUGCAUUAAAAAAGCGAUUUGCUAUUGGUUCACAGGUCUCUGAACAAAGAAUUAUUAGUGACUUCGUCAGACAGAAAUAUAGUGAGAAGGCGAUUUCUACCGUCAUACACAUCAUGUUGCGACGAGGAGAGAUUGAACAUAAAUACCAGAGAAAAGUACUCUACCGCGUACGAUAAUACUGCGAGCAUACGACCCAACACGACCGAUAUCGAUGUUACACACUAACGUAUUGUUUCAAGUAUCACACACAGUGGACAUAGAAAUAUAUUUUGUUGAAAAACAUGUGUUAACGAAAAAAAAUGUGUAAAAACUUCAGAAAGUUGUAUUGAAAACAAUUCAAAAGAGUAAUAUAACUUUGCUGUCAAUUUAGCAACAAAAAAUAACAUUGUACGAUACGUUGGAAAGAAAAGAAAAAAAUUAUGAUUGUAGUCAGUGUCAAA